AAACACAUAUAGACGCAACACUAAUCAUGGAAAGAAACUGCGGCUAUCUCACUUCACACAUCUAUAAAUGUACGCCAAUCCAUACAAUACUUUUGCCUUGCGAAUAUCUUUUAUUAAUUUCUUUCAAACUCCAUCAAUAAGGAAUAAGAGUGAAAGUUAAGAGUUGGAGAGAGAUGAACUCCUCAUCGGGUGGUCUCAAGCAUGAAGAAGAGGAGAAAUUAGAAAUAGAAAAAGAGGUGGAGAGUCAGGUGGUGGAGUGGAAGAGAAACCAGCCAUGGAAAGAGCAAAUAACAGUGAGAGGAUUGGUGGUGAGCAUAGUAAUUGGAACCAUGUACAGCAUAAUAGCCAUGAAAUUGAAUCUCUCAGCAGGAAUCGUUCCUAACUUCAACGUCUCUGCUGCCCUCCUUGCUUUCUUGUUUGUCCGAAGCUGGAACAAACUGCUCCACAAGGCUGGUUUUAUAUGCAAGCCCUUCACUCGCCAAGAGAACACCAUCAUACAGACUUGUGCUGUCUCAUGCUAUAGCAUUGCUGUUCAUGGAGGAUUUGCUUCUUAUCUUUUGGGAUUGAACAGGAAGACGUAUGAGUUGUCUGGAACGGGGGCUGAGGGUAACAAUCCAAAUACUGUUAGAGAUCCAGGAUUUGCUUGGAUGACUACCUUCCUUUUUGUGGUCUGCUUUGUUGGCCUCUUUAUAUUAAUUCCACUCAGAAAGAUCAUGAUAGUUGACCUCAAAUUGACGUUUCCUAGUGGCUUGGCAACAGCUGUUCUCAUCAAUGGUUUCCAUACGCAGGGGGACAAAUUGGCCAAGAAGCAAGUCAGCGGGUUCUUGAAGUAUUUUUCUGUGAGUUUCUUGUGGGGUUUUUUCAAGUGGUUCUUCCAAGGGACACAGAGCUGCGGAUUCGCGCAGUUUCCCACCUUUGGAUUGCAAGCUUGGAAGCAAACAUUCUAUUUUGAUUUUAACAUGACUUAUGUGGGAGCAGGGAUGAUUUGCCCCCACCUCGUGAAUUUGUCUCUGCUCCUUGGGGCCGUUCUCUCGUUUGGAGUCAUAUGGCCUCUCAUUGAUCGGCGUAAGGGAUAUUGGUUCCCUACCAAUUUAGAUGAGACUAACAUGAAAGCAUUGUACGGCUACAAGGUCUUUCUAACAGUUUCUCUCAUCCUCGGUGAUGGCUUAUACAACUUCGUCAAGAUUCUAGUUUCCUCGGUCCUCAGUGUACUUGAAAAAAUUAAGAACCGUGAAAACGCAUUAAGUGCUGACAAGCAGGGGGAUCACGCGGAAGAACUCGAACAAAAGGAAGUGUUCCUGAGGGACAACAUUUCGAUGUGGAUUGGAAGCAGUGGAUACAUAAUUUUGUCGGUGAUUUCAAUAAUUGUAAUCCCUUUGAUGUUUCCUCAGCUGAAAUGGUACUACGUGGUGGUGUCUUACAUCCUAGCCCCAUCCCUGGCGUUCUGUAACGCUUACGGAACGGGUCUCACGGACAUGAACAUGGCACACAAUUACGGGAAAGUGGCACUCUUCGUGCUGGCAGCUAUAAGCGGAAGAGACAACGGCGUGGUGGCAGGACUAGUAGGUUGUGGUCUGGUUAAGUCCGUUGUCUCCGUGGCUUGCACGCUGAUGCACGAUUUCAAAACAGCGUACUACACCCGCACCUCUCCCAAGGCCAUGUUCAUAUGCCAAGUAAUCGGCACUGCGCUGGGUUGUGUCAUAGCUCCCCUCAGCUUCUUCAUGUUCUACAAAGCGUUCGAUGUGGGGAACCCGCACGGAGAGUUCAAGGCUCCCUACGCGCUGAUAUACAGAAACAUGGCGAUUUUGGGCGUGGAAGGUUUCUCGGCGCUGCCCCAGCAUUGCUUGCAGCUAUGCUACGGGUUCUUUGCUUUUGCGGUGGCGGUGAACAUGAUGAGAGAUGUUUUCCCGAAGAGGAUUGGGAAAUGGAUGCCGUUGCCGAUGGUGAUGGCGAUACCCUUUCUGGUUGGUGCGUACUUUGCGAUUGAUAUGUGCCUCGGGAGUUUGGUGGUUUAUGUGUGGCACAAGGCUAAUGCGAAGAAGGCAGAGGCCAUGAUUCCAGCAACAGCCUCUGGACUCAUUUGUGGGGAAGGCCUGUGGGCUCUUCCCGCUUCCAUUCUCGCUCUCGCCAAAAUUAACCCUCCUAUCUGCAUGAAAUUUUUUGCUUCCUAGAUCCUCAUUACCCAAGCAAUAAAUGUCGUAAUUACUUCACAUGCUUUAGGAUUUAGCAGGUACACGUGGUAUACAUCAUCAAGAAAAUACUACAAAUAUUCCAAUUCCAACUCAGUGUCUCGUUACUGGCUUAGGAACAUUAUUGUAUUAUUGCUUACUCGAAAUUUCUUAGUAGAUUACGCUAGUUCUCGAUCUCUCGGAGGAGAACUUCUUCCUCCGGCUGGUCAAUGUUAGAAAUAAGUUGUUAUGGAAUUGAAAAGCUGUGUACUAAAAUUAAUUUGCACUUGCAUGUAGUUUGAAACUUCCCUAGUUGUGUUAGGGCUUAUAGAAUCCCUAUUAUUAUUAAUAUAAGGAAGUUCCUGCUUUA